AUGAAAAGAACCAAUAAAUCAGUGGUUACUGAAUUCAUUUUGUUGGGCCUCUCUAGCUCUCAGGAUAUUCAACUCUUCCUCUUUUUUUUCUUCUCUAUGUUUUAUGGAGCUGCGGUUUUGGGAAACAUCCUUAUCAUCCUCACAGUAAUUAUAGACUCUCGCUUACAUUCCCCAAUGUAUUUUCUUCUUAGCAAUCUCUCCUUUAUUGAUGUGUGUCAGGCUACAUUUGCCACUCCCAAGAUGAUUGCAGACUUCCUCAAUGAACACAAGACCAUCACCUUCCAGGGAUGCAUGUCACAAAUCUUUUUCUUGCAUGUUUUUGGGGGUAGUGAGAUGGUGCUUCUUGUUGCUAUGGCAUAUGAUAGAUACAUCGCUAUCUGCAAACCUCUGUACUACAUGACCAUCAUGAGCCGAAGGGUGUGCACUAUUCUGGUGGGGGUCUCCUGGACCAUUGGUAUUCUGCAUUCAGCCAGCCACCUGGCAUUCACAGUCAAUCUUCCUUUCUGUGGACCCAAUAAGGUAGACAAUUUCUUUUGUGACCUUCCCCUUGUGAUCAAGCUUGCCUGCUUAGACACAUAUAUUUUAGAGAUCCUUGUGCUAACCAACAGUGGCCUGCUCUCUCUUAUCUGCUUCCUCCUUUUGUUCAUGUCUUAUGCUAUCAUCCUUGCUACUGUCCAUCAGCAAGCCUCUGGUGGGACAUCCAAGGCUCUUUCCACCCUGUCUGCCCAUAUCACUGUUGUGGUUCUUUUCUUUGGCCCAUUAAUCUUCAUUUAUAUUUGGCCUUUUGAAAGCUUCCCAAUUGAUAAAUUUAUUUCUGUGUUUUUUACCGUCUUCACUCCUGUUUUUAACCCCAUGAUCUACACAUUGAGGAAUAAAGAUGUAAAGGAAGCCAUGAAAAAGCUACGGAACCGACAUGUGGGUUCUAAGCAAAUCUUUUAG